UUUUUUUGGCCAUAUCAUCUAUAAAUCGUAACUUUUUAUUUGUAUCUCAUUGCAGACGCUUCGAAAACCAGAUUUCCGUUCAGGCGUCGCAUGAACAACAUUAAGAACAACACGUAUACCCGUAUCUCAUUAGAGAAUACUGGUAAUAAUCAUUUCUAGUCGAUUGAAAUAAAUUACGCGCAAAAUAAUCGAAACAACGUUCUAACUGGAUAUUAAAGAACGAUACUACGCAGGGCAUAGACGAAGGAGAAAAAAAACGAUGAUGAAACAAGAUUUGAUGAAGUACAAAUUUCGCAACGGGUCCAAUGAGACGAAUAUUUGAAAUAAAUAUACAAAUCCCGUUCAGAAUGUAAAUGCAAUUUUGCUCACGAGCAAACGAUGUGUUUAUAUUGGAUAUUCUCAUCGCAUGGCAGCGAAGCACAACAACAAAAUUGUUGGCCGAAAAUUAAUUCAAAAGUCUCCAUUCGAAAAAUCCUAUUUACAAAACGGACAAUCAUUCCCGCUUACACUACCACAAGCAACUUGAACAUGUUCCGGUAUAACGUGCUCUCGUCUAAAUAUAUGGACUUCAUCUAAAGUUAAAGCAAAUGAAUAUGUGUAUGUAAUCGAAGUGGAAGUGGUGCAUUGGUUUCAUACAUUUUGUGUUCGGUCGUUGUUUGAGUACAUUCCAUAAUAUUGACACCAGGAUAUAAUGAGAAUUUCUCAUUGAGAUAUGGACAAAUCGGUCAAAAUAUGCCUGGCAGCAACUAAAAAGUCAUUAAGACUAUGCGCUAAAGUGCUGUCAAACGGCAAACAUCGAGCAAUGGACUUUCAUUAAAAAAAAAAAGAAAAAGAAAUCAAGCACUCAAAACACACAAUUCUGACAGAAUGAUGCGCUGUGAUAGCGUUUGCUGUGUAUGUAUGUGCUCCAUCCCAAAGUGGAUGCUGCUUAUGGUGUAGUUGUGUGCGUAUGACACUGUAAGGGAUGGAUAUCUCAAGUGAAUGGAAAACUUUACAUCUCACCGCACGCAAAAGCUCUACGACCCCUCAUUCAUUUUCUUUUUCUCAAUUUGUAUUUGCGUUAAGCGAUUGUGUACAUCCCGAGAAAAUUCAUUGUGAACUUGUGCUUUCCGCACAUACAACACAAAAAAAAACAACAACAAAAAAUCAAACUGAACUAAAAGUGGAAGUUUCAUUUCAGUUCAGUUCAAGAGAGGAUAGUAAAAAAAAGGUGAUUGGAGAGCGACAGCGGAAAUUUUCAAGUGUACUUUUUCGAUGCGUAUAUGUGUGUAUCUGUGUGUAUGUGCGCGCGUGAAAUUGUGAAUAGCAAAAACACUCGUGCUUGGUCAUCAUUAUCGUCAUAACGUAUCUAAUUCAGCAUCAUUUUCACUCGCCUGUCACACAAGCAUACCGAAAAUAUACAUUUUCUAUACUUUCCACUUUUCUCUUCAUUUGCACCAUUAAUUUUCUUUCGGCGACACUUUUUUGUUCUCCUUUUCUUCGAGUGUUUUUCUUUCCGAUUUUGGUUCUCAAUCUUCUUGCAAUUCAUCGUAUCUUCCUUCUGAAAAUCACGCUUUCUUCGCAAUUUUUCACGCGGUGGGCUUUUUUAUUCGGUUUAUUUUCGAACGGCAUUCUCUUGUGGAAAAACACGAGCGACUGUAUCGCAUUGCGCCCAAACAAUUAAAAAGAUAAUAAGGUACAAAAAAGAAGAGUAAGAAACAAUAACCCACGACACGAACAUGAAUCGAAACGUUUAAACCAAAACCGUUCAGUUCGUAUCGCAUCCGACAUUUUCUAAAUCACCCAAGACUGAUUUCGUAAGAAAAAAAACAGUUUUUCCCGCACCGCGAAUACAAAGCGGUGAUUCACUAGUCAUAAGCUAUACAAAACAAAAACAAACAAUUACUACUAAAAUCGAAUUUAAAUGGAGCGUAAUAUAUCAGCCGAAGAAGCAACCAUUCUAUCCUGUGAACGACCAAAGCAUGGGGCACAUCUGAUCGAUUCGUAUUAUGAUUGUCCAACGUGCGCUUAUUGGCUUGCCGAAGCAGUGUCCCAGUGUAAUGAGAAAACGUGCCGGAAAUGCAUCUCACCAUUUCGCAAUGAGCAAUCAAUUCCAUACUCGCCGGUGAACAGUGAGCAGAAAUCACUGAAUAACGGUGGCGGCAGCGAUAUACGAUCGGGACGCGAAAGCUAUGAUGUGUUGAAAUGUUGUGACAAUAUCAAAACAACAACCGAAUCAAAUUCACCACUGAAUCGAUGCAUGGUCCGGUAUCGAGACGAUGACUACAUCGAUUGUAAGUUUUCAUCAUGCGGUUGCAACUUUCGCACCACCGACUUGAAUCAGAUCAACAUUCACAAUGACGAAAAUGUUCACCGUCAUAUGAACAUGAUGUUGAUGCAAAUCACGACCAAUUCAAAUGAGUUGAAAACAUCGUUGCACUCAUUGAACAAGAAUGAGAUAGAAAACCAUCAAAAUGGUUCGGAAGCGUGUCCAUUGGAGAUGAAAAAGAUGCAUGACCGUGUGGCAUCGCUGGAGAAAGAGUUGCGCGAUUACAAGUUGGAUGUAAAGCGUUUAACUAUGGUCAUAAGUAAGAUCAGUAUUUCGAAUUUGCGUGAUCGUUUCGGUACAUUGGUGUGGCAAAUCGAUGAUUUUGAAACGAAAGUGCAAACGAUGCUCACCAAUCCAAUGACAAUGUUCUACAGUCCGGAUUUCUACACCGAUCCAAAUGGUUAUCGAUUUUGUGGCCGCAUCAGCAUUUCUCAAAAAUCAAAAGUAAAAGACACGCUCAGUUUCCAUGUGCACAUGAUGCAAUCGGAGAAUGAUUUUCACUUGUGUUGGCCAUUCCGUGGGUGCAUUCAAAUCUUCAUGAUUCACGAUGACAGCAAACAGACGCAACGCGAUAAAAUCAUGACCAACGAAAAGAGUACCGCGUUUCAGCGGCCCAGCAGCGAGAUCAGUGCACACAGCUUUGGCUUUACCGAGUAUGCCAACAUCAAUAAUAUCAUCAAUGAGGGAUUUUUAAUUGAUGGCAAACUCACCAUUAAACUGCACAUUAGCAUCGUAUGAAAGUAUCCAACAUGUGAACUCUGCUCGAAUUUCGAUUGAAACAAAAAACCAAAAAUAACGUAGAAAAAUGUCUUUUUGUAUAUGCUUUAGUAGUCUCUAGUUGAUAGAAAUGAAAGAAAACCAAAAACAAAAAAAAUACUUUGAGCCAUUAUGCUCGAAAAUUUGUAAGUCAAAUUGAUCGUUUUUUUAACACGUUGAUGGAAUCGACGUUUCUGAUUUUGUUGCAGCGAAAUACCGAAAAACACUCAAUAUUAUAGAUGUUGUUGUUCGGAUUUUCAUAAACUCUACCCGUAGCUAAUAAGUAGACAAAUGUGAGACAUUCUGUUUCCAAAGACCGUCCGAUGUGUGAAAUUAUUUUUUGUUUUGUUCUUUCGUUUAGGCAAAUUAUCCCGAGCACAUGAUAUAUUAUCUAUUUACAUAUAUCAAUUCCCCGUAGAAAAGCUGCCAAAGAACAAUAACGCAGUUGGAUGAACAAUACAAUUUCUAGAAAUUUUACACGACAAAAUAAUGAACAUACAAGCUAUUAUUAAUAUCCUCCCGACGCCAUAUUGUAAAUCUGGGUGAAAUUUAAUUCAACACAAAAUUAGUAGCAGUCUUUUUUUUUAGAACCACACGAACCAAACCAAAUUCCAUUAAUGGAAUACCUUGUUCUUGCUGUGUGUAUCCAUUUGAGACGUGAAUAAAUGUCAUUGACACAGAAUGUUUUUGUCGCGCCACA